AUGGAAUUCGCCAUUACCAAGACGAAUACCAGAAGCAGCGGGCUGAGGACGCUCGUACCUGACAGUACUGGAUUGUCUCAGCAUCCAAGCACGAUACGCUCCUUCUUCCGGGGCGUGCUCCGUCGCCUAAAUUCCCUCUUCGGCGUAGUCGAUGCUCGAGGGCCACUCGGUCUUAAUCUCCUCCAUGAACCUAUCGAUCCACAGGCCGACUUUAUUUUUGUCCACGGCUUAUUUGGCGGCUCCCGGAAAACAUGGAGCUACUCGUCGGAACCCGGCAUGUUCUGGCCCAAGGAGUGGCUGCCGAAGGAAGCCAACCUACAACAUGUCCGGGUGCACAGUUACGGCUACGGCUCGAAUGGGUCGCGGAAGGAGAGCGUUUUGACCGUCCAUGACUUUGCACAGGCGCUGAUCGCGGAUAUAUAUAAUUCGCCGAGUCUCAGCGAGAAUGACAGUACGCCUAUCGUGUUUGUUGCCCACAGCAUGGGUGGUCUAGUUGUUAAGAAGGCCUACUCGUUGGCACUCUCCGAUCCGAUUUACACAGCUGUUGCCCGGCGAAUCCGUACCAUGAUCUUCCUCGGAACUCCUCAUCAGGGAGCUGAUUCGGCCCAGAUUAUCCGCAUGAUACGUCUCGUCGCCGGGUAUGGCGCCAAGGCAUACCUUGACGACCUGAGUCCGGGGAACAAAAUCAACGACGAAUUCCGGGACGUUUCCCAUAAUCUCAGUCUAUGGUCUUUUUUUGAGGGCGUUCCGACAACGGUGGGCCCAGUAUCCUCUCUAAUCGUCAAGAAGGAAUCCGCGAUACUCGGCCUGCCAGGGGAGCACAUACAAUAUCUUGAAGCGGACCAUCGCCGCAUUUGCAAGUUCGAGAGCCCCAUGUGUCCCAACUAUCUGAUCUUGAAACGUGCAUUUGUCACAAUUUUUAAAAUGUUGGAAGCAGAGGGGCUGUUUAAACGUCGCAACAGCCACGCGGAGCCACAGAAACUGGUUUCCUCGUUUCUCCAAGUCGAGAGUCGCCCAGAUGACAUCUGUCCUGCCGUCGCCAGAAUAUCUCGUCGUAUAACCUGUCGGUGGUUGACCAACAAUGUAGUCUUCCAGCGAUGGAUACAGACCUCAAUUGACCGCAGUCCCGACAAGCUACACUCCAAAGCAGUCUUUCCCGAGCUAAACAACGACCAGGAUAGAGUCUUGCUUCUCAGGGGCGGGCCCGGUUCAGGAAAGUCUGUAGCUACGAGUCAUGUUGUCAAGUACCUUGAAACCCGCAACCUGGGCUGCAGCUACUACUACUUACAGCAGCACGACGAAACCCGAUCGGGGCUCUGGGGUCUGCUCCGAUCUCUUGCCUUCCAGAUGGCCGAGUCCAUCCCCGAUGUCCAAAAGGCCGUCGUGUCCCUAAUCGAAGACGGGGUAACGAUCGAUCCUGGCGAUUACCGCACGCUUUGGACGGAGCUUUUUGUCGACCGGAUAUUCCGGCUGGAAACGUUGAAAAGCCAUUUCUGGGUGAUAGACGCCUUGGAUGAGUGCUCAAGACGCGAGAAGCUAGAGUUGCUGGUGAUGUUGUCCGACGUUUUCCACGGCACACCCAUUCGGGUAUUUCUCAGCACACGACCGGAUGACCUGCUCGAAAGGCUGUUUAGUCAAGACGACAUUUCGUUCCAGGUAUUGAACACCAGACAGGCGAGCUUCUUGGGUACCAUGAGGUUACUUUUCCAACUUUCUUUGGGCGUCUCGGCCAUACCAUAA